GGACCACAGCGGUCGCCUCAGGCGGGCGGGCGAGUGCCACUCACCUCCCGGCCCCGCCCUCCCGGACUGACGGCCUUUAAAGAGCGGAGGGAGCCGGGUCGGGGAGCGUCUGGGUGCAGCAGCGGUGGAGCGCACCACCAUGUCCCUGCAGGCUGAUUUUGAUAGGGCAGCGGAAGAUGUGAGGAAGCUGAAAGCAAGGCCAGAUGAUGAAGAACUGAAAGAACUUUACGGGCUCUACAAACAAUCUGUAAUUGGAGACAUCAAUAUUGAAUGUCCAGGAAUGCUAGAUUUAAAAGGCAAGGCUAAGUGGGAAGCAUGGAACCUCCAAAAAGGAUUAUCCAAGGAAGAUGCCAUGAAUGCCUAUAUUUCUAAAGCAAAAGAGCUGAUAGAAAAAUAUGGAAUUUAGAAUUCAGCGUAUGAGAAAACUUUCCUUUUGAAGACUUCAUAAUGGUAUCAUGACCUAACAUUUAGAGGAGAAAAUGCACUGUUAACUCAUUACAUCUCAUGAAAAUUUUUGCUAGUAACAUGAAUUAUAAUCUUUAAUUAGAGGUAUGAUGAAACUAUAUAUUUAAGGAAAUUUUACUUGCUAAAAACCAGGUGGGUUGUUUUUUUUUUACAUUUAAAUUUAUUUAGGUUUCUGAUUCAUUGUGUGUCAAAGACUAAUCAAUAUAAAGAGAUGAUUUUAAACACUUUCAAAAAAGUAUUGCUCUGGUAGUGGGUGCACAAAACAUUAACAAUUGUUUGCUCUUUUUUUAAAAUAAAUAUAUUUUUAUUGAUUUCAGAGAGGAAGGGAGAGGGAGAGAGAGCUAGAAACAUCAAUGAUGAGAGAGAAUCAUUGAUUGGCUGCCUUCUGCACUCCCCACACUGGGGAUCAAGCCCACAACCUGGGCAUGUGCCCUGACUGGGAGUCGAACCGUGACCUCCUGGUUCAUAGGUUGAUGCUCUACCACUGAGCCAUGCUGGCUGGGUAUGAUUGUUUGUUUUUUGGCUUAUCUGUUUUUCUAUAGUGGUGUAAUCAACAUUUUUUAAAGAACCAAUAACAAAGCUAUUCUUUUGUUGCACCAUGUAGCUUUGGGGUCGACACUGACACAGGCCUGAUUCCAGUCCUGAAAUAUACUAUCUAGUGGUAAUAUACCUCUUAUGUUGAGUUUUAUCAGAGUGAAAGUGUAGAGUCUGGAAUAUAUUGGCCCAAUACUCAGUUUUUCUUGCUGGUACACAGACUCUCUGA